GAUAAUAUCUUAGGUCUUUUCAACUCUAAAUCUCUUUGCUUUCGGUGUUCCUUCUUUGACGACUCACCUCUACUCUCGUUUUGGUGUAAUGAGGAAAAGAGCAAAGAAAACGGUUAGUUUCGGAACUCGGAAGCAGGUCACUUAUAAAAUGCUGUUGCGGAGAUUUAGAACGAUGAAGUGAUGGCUGAGUCUUUAGAGGCAUCGACGCAGGAGAUCUUCCCUCCACUUCGACCCCAUCAGAAGGUAGAUGAAGAAGACGGAGAGAAAAAGAAAGAGGAAGAACCACUGAAAUCUGAUUUCUCAACUAAGGAAGAUGCUUCUCCUUCUCAGCAUCAGGGGCAGGAGAACGACACGGCCGAGGGAAUGAAUGAGGAUAAGAAGAAACGUGGGGGUAAACCAAAGAGGGUAACGAAGAAGGAGACUGAGAAUAAAGAUGAGAAGAAACAGGCUCCGAGAGCUAAGAAAGCCCGAGCGACCAAACCACAGGAAGAGCCUGACUACUUUAAGGAGAAACGUAACCUGCAAGAUUUGUGGAAAGCAGCCUUUCCAGGCUAUCGGCAAUGUCCCUAAGUUGGUUGAGGAACCCGUAGGUAAAGUCUUAGGAUUAGACUUAUCUAGGAAGCCUUAGUCGGUUUAGGGAAUUAGGAAGGGUUAAAGAAAGUUGGACUAAGGAAGGUUGGUACGGGUUAAGCUUGACGGUUGGUCAUGGUAGUACCCGCGGACAUAGGCAAUCCGGACAAUGGUGGCGUCGGCCAGUGCGGAACGGUCAUCGGUAAGGCAGAUAGUGGUAUUGCCGAUCGAUGCGGAUUACCCUCGGUAAUUUGCACGAAUAAAGGACAGGUCCGGUACGUAACAUUCUCUUAGGCUGGUACGCGAGCAGGUCCUUUGUGUAUCACCCGCCAGUUCGGUACCCGGUGGUCGGACACGGCCGUACCGGUACGCUAACGAAUGGACGGUCAGGAUGCACGGACGCUUGCUAAGGGAAUGGACGGCCAGGAUCGUCCCAAAGGUGAUGCUUAUCCGAUCAGCGUCCGUCCUUAUCCGUUCGACCGGGAUGCUUAUCCAAACCGAUCGUCCUUAUCCGACCGCUAGGUGUUGCCACCGGAGCUGUGAAGAGUGUCCGCUAGGUGUCGCGCCAAGGGACGCCCUGUGCCACCUCCUGCUUACUUAAACCGACCUUGAGAGGCUAUAUAAACCCCCUCUCCCUCGUCCAUUUCUCCUCACACCUAAAGCUUACCUUAAAAUCCCUUAGCGCUAGGAAGAGAUCGCGGAGAGCUGCGAAGCGCGGGAAGAGUCAAGGUGAGUUUCCCGCGUGUGGGUAGCACGUGAAUAGGAUAGUUUAAUUUUUGUUUAGUUAAUUAUUUGAAUGAGGUUAGUCUUAAUUACUUGAUUAGUUUAAGAUUAAGUUAGUUAAGAAGGAUUAAGGUAGUUAAGUAGGAUUAAGUUAGUUAAGAAGGAUUAAGGUAGUUAAGUAGGAUUAAGGUAGUUAAUCAAGGUUAAGAUAAUUAAUCAUGAUUAGGUUAGAUAAUUAUGAUUAAGUUAGGAUGAUUAGGAUUAAGUUUAGUUAAUCCUGAUUUAGGAUGCUAAUUAAGAUUAGGAUGGUAAUUAGCGCCUAAGUUAGAAUUGCUUAAGGAUUAGCAUUAGGAUUAAGAUUGUUUAGUAGGGAUUAGCGUUCGUUUUCGGAAUGCUUAGCGUUUAGUGUCUAAGUUAGAAUUGCUUAGUGGUCAUUAGCACGUAGGUGUGGAACUUCUUAGUUGUUUUGUGUGUGAUUGCUUGGUACGCCAUUUCUUGGGUGACUGGUUAUUCUUGUUGUGAUAUUGCUUGUCUGCGUGCAUCAUUUUAGAUACCACCUGCAUUAUUCCAUUAGGACGUGAUCAUAUUGCAUUAUUAUGUUGUUUGCUUGCAUACUUGUUUUGCUUGUGUGAUUGCUUAGUAUAGCGUCGUGAUGAUAUAACCGUGAUGCUGGACGUUUAGUCGCAUUGCCGUUAUGCCAUCCGAUUGCUAUUGUUUGCUUGCAUUGUUAUGUCCCUUGUGUGAUUGUUGGUUAGUAUAACAUCGUGAUGGUAUAGCCGGGAUGCUGGACGGUUAGUCGCAUUGUCGUUAUGCCGUCCAAUUGUUAUACUGUUGCUUGCUGCAUGUUAGUUAGUAUCAUGUAGUUAGUUGCAUUAGGCGAAUCAUGAGGAUCCCGUCGUCUGGGGCGGAUCAUGACCGGCCAGACACUACAUGACGAUGUAGUAUAAAGGAAUGUAUAUCCCUGUAGACUUUGUGUCUAGGGUGGGGGCAUUACCUUUGAGGAAUGUAUAUCCUUGUAGACUUUGUGUCUAAGGUGGGGGCAUUGCCUCGGGGAG